AUGAACGGAAUCUCUGUGUGUGCAACUAUCGCUGCUGAAAAAUUGAAAGAGAAUGACUUCCUAGAUUGGAAUGUAGUUGAUUCUUUUGCAGAAGCAGUUAUCCAAGCUGAGCCAGAGCUUGGCAAAAGCCUCAAAAAUUUAUUCGAUCAAAUACGGGCCAAGCAUGAUUCAGAAAUCGAAGUUACAAAAAGUAUCAUUGAUAACAAAUGUGAAUCCCUUGAUUUGGCAAUUACAAAACUUCAAAUAAUUGAAGAAAAAAAUUAUUUCAAAGAUAAUCAAGAAAGCAAUGCCAUUGUCGCAGAUAAUGAUGAGAAUAAUGAUGCUGAAGAUAACAAAUCAAUAAACUCAUCCUUCUAUUUCGAAGAUGGGGGAAUUGUUAUAGAAGGAGAUCUUGAAGAGGAAGAAUCCGAAGCAGAAAUGUUUGUAUUCGAUGCAUUUCAGUCUGAUACAACAAUCAGCAAACUAGAAAAUAGUUUCCUUUCAGGAAAGAAUCCACUCACAAUUUGUAUUGGAAAUUAUAUUGAGAAAUUGUCACAUGGAGAUACAAAAUCAGUUAAAAAGCUAAAGAAAGAUCUUGAAAUUUGCAAGCAUGAGAUCAAUAACUUAAGAAAGCAAAAUCAGCAAUAUCUUUCACUUGGAUUAGACUGGAAGAAGAAAUAUCGUGAGCAGUCAGCACAAAUGAAAGAAAUGAUGGAAAAUCAUUAUGAAGAAAUUCGUGCUCUUUACAGACAUCUUCAAGAUCCGAGCCAAAUAAACCAAAACAAUCAGAUCAACAAUGCCUCGAAGAAAUCUCAUAGGUUGAAUUACUGA